AUGGAUUCCGGAAUCCCGACGGACACAGUGCUUUCCAUACUCAGGGAGAGAAAUCUCAUAGCCAAGAAAGAUGCGAUUGAAUCUGCUCUGAAGGACCCGGAUACCGGCCACAAAAAUGCGGAGUGGGUGUCGAUUCAUCUGCAGCCGGAGACUCUGCUCUCUCGGGAGGAACUAAAUCUAUACACCAGGCUCGAGAACAACGGUCUCCUCCAACCCAUUCUUCGCGACCCAGGUCUCAAUGCGACGCGCCCCUUUUUAGAAGACGACAUACGAAUAGCGAUUGAAACCCUCCAGGCAUCGACAGCUACCAUUCAAAGACAGAUAGAGACGUUAUCACUCCAGUGUGAAACGCUCAAAGGUCAGCUGCGACGGCAAGGGGACUUGGAUCAGGAACGAAUUCGAGACCUCGGACGGCUGCGAAACAAACAUGAAGCUGGGAGGCAAACCACGACAAUUGCGGCCAAUGAUCUUUCCGACGAGCUGCAGGCAAGGUUCAGAAGUGCAACGGACAAGUCUGGGGCAGAGAACAAACGAAUCCUCUCCUCGUUAUCUACUCAAUUGAAGCAAGACGAUAAGAUACUUGCGGGCCUAGAGGCACUCAUAUCCGGCAUCAAGUUAAAUGGCAGUGAUGCAUCCACUGUCAAACGAACCGCCGAUCUCAGUGCAAUGCUCGCAGACACCACCGCUCAAGAAAUUCACUACCGCUUAGACCGAUUGUAUCUUGAGACGAUACAAUCAGGGAGGUCAGACUAUGGCCAGACAGCCGUGGAAGACGAGACAGUUUCUGCGAUUCAAGAAGAACUGGAAUCUCUGUAUCCUGAAAUUGAGAUUCUUGCAGAGAUGUCCACGAAGCAACAGUUCCAAGAACCGAUUCUUCGGGAGAUCCGUCAUGAACAUGGACAGCUUUGCGCAGCAUCACAGCAUAAGCUGGAACAGACACUCGAUAUCUUACUUGACAUGACUCUGUCCAGGCAGACACUGUCGAAGCAACUCGAAGACCGGGAGUCUUUAUGUGAAUUAUUAGAGCAGCUCGCCUCACUCUAUCAGGCCGAAGCAGGCAUUCCGUUGGUGUCUCAAACGUCUUCUCGCCGGGAAUCCCUCCGACGGCGUUCAAUGCAACCCGGUGCCGUCCUUGCAGCCAGUCACAGCCCGGCGCCGGCGCCCGAACAGCCCGUUCUGGAGAGCCUCCUACGACGUGUUGGGGUGUCGCCCGAAUCCGUGCUUCGUCCCCGUGCGGAGGGUGGCAGUGCUCAAGAACUCCAUGAGAAGCGGAUUCACAUAUCGGAAACACUACGGAGUCUUGGGGCAGCAGUGGAAUCGCCUUUGAUGGCACAAUUGGCCCCGGUGGACAACGCAUCCCAGGUGCUGGCUUCCUCAUUGCACUCCAAUUCCCACUUUAAAACGUCUCUGCGCGAUCCCGGGCAAGAAGAAUCAUUAGCAAGCCUAGAGGCUGAGCUUGCCCUGCUGCAGAGAGGCGUGCAAGGGCUCAAUCUGGAAGUACUCCACCAGCGAGACAAGACGCAGGAUAGGUUCCUUGAGCGAUGGAGCUAG